UCAUUUAUUGGGCUUGUUAUAUGUAACAUCAUUUAGUGGGCUCAAAAGGGAACCUGUCCUCUUCUCAGUGACACCAGAUAGUGUGAUUAUAAAUAAAUGUAGAAGAAUAGAGACAAACACAACUAAGUGCAUUGUGUAGCAUGAGCAGAUUGAGAACGCGAGUCCUGGGAUGAGCACAGGACAAAUCUAUUCAAGGGUAUUCUCCUUAUGAUACAAAAAAAAAAUUGUCCCUGGACUCCAGAGAACACUGGAUCUAGAGACUUGAUCUUGACAAUGAUUGUGAUCUGGUGCUGAAUGACUAGAAUGUGAGCCUUAUGAGGGUUGGUCUAAGUCAACAACUUCAACAAUUAAUUUUUUUUGCAUAUUUAUAAACAUUCAGCAGGUGCUUAAGCUUCGGUUUUUGUGUACAUUAAUGCUGACAUGUCCGGACAUGUUUGACAAACACCUUGGUCUUUCAGUAAUAGUGUGGUCAUUUGCAGGUGUAAUAUUAAGUUCUGAAAAACAGCAAUCCUUAAUGUUGACUGUGUAGGCAAGAAGGUCAAAGUGUAACAUUCUUGCCUGGACAUUAACAUCCAUAUAAUUCUGUCAGCAGUUCCAAACAACCUGGAACAGCCUGGUAUGACAGGCAUUAAUGUACAGAUAAGAAGGAAGGGAGAUAAUGAGGGAAAGAUAAUGAACUGAAGGUAUGCCUUGUGUUUGCACAUCGUUCUCCAUAUAGGAAGUAAAGGUAAUGAAGAGACUUUGGUGAUUAUUAAGAUCUGUUUGAUUACUAGAGCUGUUUGAAGAGAUUUUCUUUGACUUUGUUGGAGAUUUGUUCCCAGUUCCCAGCUUCAUGCCUGUCAGAUGGUGGACAUUCUGUCAUCCUGGAGUAAGAUGGAUUACGCCACAGAUUGUGGGGAUCUGUGGGCCAGUCUCUUCUUCACUUUUCCUCUGCCAGCUUGUGAUGACUUCUGGUUGGCACCACAAAGAAUUAGUUUUUGAAUGUACUAUGUGUUUCAGUAUCUUUGACUGCUCCAUGUCAUCAUUUGUCUUACUUGUUCUUGGCUUUCCAUUCUGACCAAUUUAAGGUUUGGAAAUGGAUAGGGAAAGUACUCUUGGAAACCACUUGAGGGUGCUGUCCUCAACUUCAUUGGAGGUUAAAAUUCUUUGUGGUGUAUAGAUUGGUAGGAUUUGUAGGUGAUUGGAUGUCACUGCUAUUUUUGAUGUCAUCCAAUUACAAAAUUGGAAAUAAGCUUUUAGAUUUUCUGCUAAAAACCCUAAAAAAUGGGUCAUCUCAUGUUUAAAGUCUGAAAAUUUGAAAAUUGUAUCUUAGAAGCCUUGUAUAAUACAAUGUAUAUUAUACAUCAUUAUAAUAUAGUGCAAGUGUAGAAAGUUUUUGGUUUUUAUUCUUGCAUUAGGUAGGAUAUUGUCAUUUCUACUUACAAAGUUGUUCUUCUAACUUUGAUUCCCAUUCCACAGCAUGUGAUUCCUUGUCAGUGAUCCUUCUCACUCUUGAUCCCAAGACAAAGUUGCUCAUCCAGCCCACCUGGACUGCACACAGGUGGUCUUGUCAUGAGGAAUCCUUAAAAUGACAAAUCACCUACACAGCCUAAAACUGUCCUGACGUUCCUUUCUUCCUAAUCCAGUCCUGGGAAAAGAAGCCACUAUUGUAUUUAUCCCAGACCUUUUAAGGUAGAUGAGAACAUGUAAUUGCAAGUGGGGAUAGGAGGUGAAGAUAAUCGGGGGUCUUAGAAACACUAAGCACCCUUUCAAUGUUAGCUAGGAUCUUGUCAUUGUUGCUUUAGUGCAUCUUCAUAAAUUUCAAUCUACACUGUUCAGAAAGGUUCAGUAACUCUGGAAAUAAUUGAGGUGGACAUUAUGAGCCAUUUCUUCUUUAAACUUUGUCACUUGGUAAUCAAGAAGCUGCUCAGAAUUCACCCUUGUCUUCAUGCCAUGAGCUGGAAAAUGAAGGAAUGUGCCUUUGCUCCCAGGGCCAUGAUUCCUAAUAGAAGAAGAUGCAGCUUUUAGCUAUUUACUAAUAGACUUAGCACUGCACUAAGUUCCUCGUCCGAGAUAUUUACCCCCACCUUUCCAAUUAGCUUUUUUUUCCAGAGCCAAUACAAUGAAAACAGAAUGAGAGAGUUUGCUCAUCCUAUUUACAUCAGUAGCUUUUAGUGGUUUGUUGGAUGUGUUGGUGAUUUCAUGCUGAAGCUUGUCUGAAUGCCUUUUUUCCCCCCUUUUGUCUCCUUUUCUUGCAUGUCAGAUGUGAGGGAUUAUAGCUGUGUUUGGAAUGUGGCCUAGAGGUGAAAGUCUCUGAGCAGCCAUGGCCAGAUUUGUGUUAGAGCAAGAGAGAGAGAGGUAUUGCGAGACUGAACUUGUGGAGGUGUGCAGACAUUGCAAUGUUAGUCCUGAGCAGUCAGCUACUGAGUUGAUUCCAUGAGAAUUCAGCGCUUUCAAGCUGGAAUAGCUGUGUACCCAGUCUUGGCCUUUUUGAAUGGGACUUUUGGAGGCGGAGAGGAGGGUGGGAAAAUACGACAGGCCAAGCCCAGAGAGGCAAAGCUAGUAGACAAAAUCAGGAGAAGCAGAAGAGGGAGGAACAUAGACGCAGCCCGCGGCAGAGGAGGAGGACAGCCAAGUAGGGACUCAGCAGGUGGUGUCACCUGAGCGGCACCGGUGGGCUGGGAAAAAGUGGGAGGUGGUUGGGAGAGCCAGGAAUGAGGACAGACCGGUUUCCUGCACUUCUGCAGGACUGUUCUAAGCUUAGGUUCUCUAUAGCAGAUUUUGAUUCAGCCUCAAUCAAGAGAACACCAUGGAUUAAGGACUUUAACACUGCUCCUGUUGUGGGCUGCAUACCUGAGAAGGAAUACUGUAAUGGAGAGGCUACACCAGAAUGCCCUGUGGUGGUCCUCCGAAGGUCUACCCCUGGGGUGCGACACAUUGGUGGCAACAGGAAGACGGUGAGCAUGUAUGGCUCCCUGGAUGAGCCCCAAAAACAACAAAUUACAACAGGGGUUCGUGAACAUAGGUCACAGAGACCUCACAGUGUGUGCAUGUUGGCUGCCUCUCAGUCGAGCAGUGUGCUUGUGACUAAUUCCUCCUCAGUUAAAACAGGAAGCUUCGACCAUCUUCAACAGCGUAGAUGUAGGAGAGCAAUUGAUGGCCUCAAGCAAGACAUGCCUCCAUCUUUCCGGCUGCCCCCAUAUCCACAACAGGAGGUCCUACCGCGCCGACCCCUACAGACAACUGGAAGACCUCGGCCUGUUAGCAUGACCGUUCUAGAGCUGAAGGAGGCUAGUAGAUCACAAGAUGAACUGGCUAACCGCACUUCCAGCGAUGCUGCAAGCCUGCCUCACUCUGGCUUUCGAUGGAGGUUCUUUGGCCGACAGGCACAGGAUAAGGAGGCGGCGGCCAGGUCAGUACCUACUAGCAGCAAACCAGAUAGGCCGAAGAAGAGGUUUAGCUCUCUGCGAAGGAGCCUAAGCCUCAGGCUCAAGCGUAAUUGUAAUCAACCAGAGCAAGAUGCUAUACGAGAAAGAACAUGGACGACAAGUGCAAGGGAAGAUGUGACACGGUCCAACCAGCCAUUCUCUUAUCUGACUGGCAGGACAUUGCCUCCUGCUUAUGAACACAAUGAGGACCAGAGAGGCAAGCAGUUAAUCGAGUUCCAAACCAGAGGGAAAGUCUCGGUUAUCGAGGUCCCCUUAGCACCACCUAAACUCACCAAGCCCCUCAAACCGACGUCUUCAGAGCCGAAUUUUUGGCAGCUCAUCACUAGUCGCUUUAAGAGAAAAGGCAACAAAUCUGAGGCCUGUGCUGAAAGCCAACUACCUGGCAGUGAUCCCCCAGCCUGGAAUAAAAAGCCACAGCCAGUUACCAUAGAGACACUAAAGGGCAUUGAUUUCAGCAAAGGUCAAGAUUCCUUUGUCAACAGUCAGGAGUGGACAUUGAGUAGAUCAGUUCCAGAGCUCAAAGUGGGCAUUGUGGGUAACCUCUCCAGCGGGAAGUCGGCCCUCGUGCACCGGUACCUGACAGGAACAUAUGUCCAGGAGGAGUCUCCGGAGGGAGGAAGGUUUAAAAAGGAGAUUGUGGUGGAUGGACAGAGCUACCUGCUGCUAAUCCGAGAUGAGGGAGGACCUCCUGAGCUUCAGUUUGCCGCCUGGGUGGACGCUGUGGUGUUCGUAUUCAGCCUGGAGGAUGAGAUCAGUUUCCAAACGGUCUAUAACUACUUCCUACGCCUGUCCAGCUACAGGAACACAGCAGAGGUGCCCAUGGUGCUGGUGGGCACACAGGAUGCCAUCAGUGCCACCAACCCGCGAGUAAUCGAUGAUGCCCGAGCCCGCAAGCUCUCCAAUGACUUGAAGCGCUCCACCUACUACGAGACCUGCUCGACUUAUGGCCUCAAUGUGGAGAGAGUCUUCCAGGAUGUCGCUCAGAAGGUGGUGGCACUGAGGAAGAAGCAGCAGUUGGCCAUCGGGCCGUGCAAAUCUCUGCCAAACUCACCUAGCCACACGUCCGUCCCCGCUGCGGCCAUUCCGUCCGUACACCUCAACCAGGCUGCUAACGGAGGGGGCACGCCGUUCAGUGACUACUCCUCCUCAGUGCCCUCCACCCCCAGCAUGGGACAGCGGGAAAUGCGCAUCGAGACCAUUGCUGCCUCAAACACACCCACGCCCAUCCGCAAGCAGUCCAAACGCCGCUCCAACAUCUUCACAUCGCGGAAAGCCAGUGAGCAGGCAAAGAGCGCUGAGUGUAAAACAGACAGCAUAGGCAGUGGGAGGGCCAUUCCCAUCAAACAGGGCAUUCUGUUAAAGAGGAGCGGCAAAUCGCUAAAUAAAGAGUGGAAAAAGAAGUACGUCACGUUGUGCGACAACGGCGUCCUCACCUAUCAUCCCAGCUUACACGAUUACAUGCAGAAUGUUCAUGGGAAAGAGAUCGAUUUGCUCCGGACGACGGUCAAAGUGCCUGGGAAAAGGCCGCCCCGGGCUGUGGCUACGGUAGCACCGACUGCUAGCCCCAAAAGCAACGGUUUAAGCAAGGACAGGAGCACGCUUCAGCUCGGCAUCGGAGCAACAGGCACUUCUCACUCGAACAGCAGUACCUCUCUGCAAUCUGGAGGCGUGACCUCGGGACUGGGUGUGGUCUCUGUGGGCGGGGCUAAAGAGGGAAUGCAUCAACGCUCUUUCUCCGUGUCCAGUGCUGAGCAGUGGAAUGAAGCAGUUAACACGAGCAGUGCCUCAGCCAAUGGGACGUUGGAUUCUCUCAGCGCCUCCACUGGCCUAAGUGGACCCACCAGUCCAAAACUGGAACCACCUCCUUCACCGCAUGCCAACCGCAAAAAGCACAGAAGGAAAAAGAGUACGGGAAUCACCAAACCAGAUGGGCUAUCGGCAGGGAAUGAAGAGCAAGAAGAGUCGUUUGAGUUCAUCAUUGUGUCACUGACUGGACAGAUGUGGCAUUUUGAGGCAUCAACAUAUGAGGAGAGAGAGCUCUGGGUCCAAGCAAUUGAGAGUCAGAUAUUUGCCAGCUUACAGUCAUGUGAAAGUAGCAAGAAUAAGUCACGAUUAGGGAGCCAGAGCGACGCCAUGACUAUCCAGUCCAUCAGGAACGUGAGAGGCAACAGUUUCUGUGUGGAUUGCGACUCCCCCAAUCCAGACUGGGCGAGUCUGAACCUCGGUGCUCUGAUCUGUAUCGAGUGCUCGGGGAUCCAUCGGCACCUCGGCACUCACCUGUCACGUGUGCGCUCGCUGGACCUGGAUGACUGGCCCGUGGAGCUGAGCAUGGUGAUGACAGCUAUCGGAAACGCUAUGGCCAACAGCGUGUGGGAGGGAGCGCUGGAGGGAUAUUCCAAACCCGGAGCUGAUAGCAGCAGGGAGGAGAAGGAGCGCUGGAUCAGGGCAAAGUAUGAGCAGAAACUCUUCCUUUUGGGUCUGCCUCAGUCGGAUGUGCCCCUGGGGCAGCAGCUCCUGCGAGCCGUAGUGGAGGACGACUUGAGGAUGGUGGUGCUGCUGCUGGCUCACGGCACUAAGGACGAGGUGAACGAGACGUAUGGCGAUGGGGACGGCCGCACAGCGCUGCACCUCUCCUGUGCCAUGGCCAAUGUGGUCAUCACACAGUUGCUAAUCUGGUAUGGUGUGGAUGUGAAGAGUCGCGAUGCCCGCGGUCAGACGCCACUGUUCUUUGCCCGGCGAGCAGGAAGUCAGGAAUGCGUUGACAUCCUCAUCCAACAUGGGUGCCCUUCAGAUUCGGGCGGCACAUCAACACCGCCCGGCACGCGGCACAACCCCAAUGCCAACAACAACAAUGGACAGUGUGAGAUGAACCGCAGCAUUAGCAUCAUGUAGAUCCCGAACACCGUGCUGUAAGCCUUCAGUGUCCCAGUGCCAUGAUACUGUGACUUCCUUCCCUGCCUUUAGCCAUUUCCACAUGAACUCCACUAUUUCUCGUGUCGCCAUUCACGUUAGCGUAAAAUCUUCCUGUUGCUCCAUUGUGUCGAGUCAGUGUAUAAAUUCAGAUGUGCCAGGUUAACUCUAUUUCCCAAAAACUCUUGAUAUAUUAUAUGGAUGCGCUGCACUAUAACACCAUUAAAUCAAUGUAGGAGAAAUGUGCAUAGCCAUUAAAGAGUUAGGACUAUGAUAAGUCAUUUUUUAGAAAUAUUUCAGUUCAGAUUUCAAUAUUUCAUGUUUUUUUUUUUUUUUUUUUUUGGCCAGAAUACAUACUAAUGUUUUUUGGUUUAGAUUUUAAAGACUGGCGGGGGAAAAGCCUGUAUACUGAUUACGGGAAGACGUGAACCUGUUGUAUUGUAGAAUUUAAUAAGGUGCAGAUCAUUGGAAGUAAUUUUCGGUCUUAAGCAUCCAAGCUUGUCGAAGAAUUUUCUCCGCGUUCAUCAAAGCAGAUAGCCGCCUAAGAAUACCUCUUCAGUCAAGGCUGAAGGACAUGAUUACCCUGAGCUGAGAAUAAUACGUCAUUAUCAGGGCUUUGUGAGAUGGAUUCGAGGAGGACGCUGAAGUGGUCUUCUGACUGUUUGACACUGGGGUCUACGUACACGUUAUAUAUAUAAAUAUAUAAAAUGAAAGAUCUGUUAAGUGACCUACGUUUGCUGUGAACUUGUGUGCGUGCUUAGAAAAUGCUCAUUUACCUCCUCCAUACUUGAUUAUGCAUUGACAAGGACAUUUUCCAUUUUGUACUGAUAGAGAAUAACAGGAUUCGGGACGGUACGACAGAUUACAUACAGAAUUGUGUAUAUAGUAGCUUAUCUUUCCCUCUGACUGCCUCAUCCUACCAUUUAGGUGCUAAAUGAUUAGCAAAAAAAAAAAAAAAAAAAAAAAAAAAAAAAAGCUUGACCAACGUUGUUGCCUCUCUAGUGACUCUUAACAGGAUGUAAGCUAUUGCUGGUAAGGAUACUAGCAUGGCUUUUGAGUUCCUGAUUAGCCAUGCUAGCUUUUUUUUUGUCAAAUGUUAUUCUUUUUUUUUUUUUUAACCUGAACUGAUAAAACACCACUUUGAUUCAUCUCAAGUCAUGCUAAUGAGCUAUGAGGGAAGGAAGUAGCAAAGCAGGAUGCUUUUGAAUCUGAUCUGUUUGAGAAAUCAGAAAAUAAAUCAUGUUAAUAUUUCUUUUUUUUAUACCAUGCAGUAUUUUAUGUUUGCAGAGCAUUUGUUUAUUAGAUAUUCCACUCAUAUCUUAACAAUGUGUUGAAAGAGAAUAUGGCACUCCAUUAAUCAUUUAAUAGAGAUGCAAAAACAGUAACGUACAGCAUAAACAGUACAUUUUUUUAAAUGACUUAUUCCUCUUUUGUGAACAAUUAGGCAGCUUUAAGUUGAUUUGUUUGAAGUUGUACAUCUGCAAAGGUGCCAACAUUAACAGUCUUUGACCCGUUGCUACUAGGGUUGCCAGGAAUCAGCCCAAAUACAUCUCAAAACACCACAGUGACCUGAAACCAACCCAAAGUGUUUGGACACUGGAAAAGGAAACCCCAUUUUUCAUCUUCUUCUCAGUUCAUCGUGGUGUGCACGCAUUUCUUUACAGUAUCUGCAAUUCGUCUUUUUAUUAAUCCUCAUCUGGUAUGACCAUUAUCCACUCCAUAAUCCCCCUUUACCGUCUACCCAUCUUUGCGAUAUAUCUUAAAAACAGAAAUGGUUCUGUACAGCGUAAAUGCUGUCUGUACUUCACUUUCCCUUUGUCUUGUUUGCCAUAGCCAAGGUUUUUGUGGAAAGUGAUCUUUGUGGCUGUAGACUAUUAUUAUACUAGCCCUAAAAACCUGCCACCUGUGGAUUUGCUCUUUCCACAACCUUGUUCCAAAACUGGCCCAAAAAAAAACAAACGCAACCCUUGCAACCGCUGCUGGUGGAAAAAGGCAGUUGACUCAAGGGGAAAGGGUGCGCACUUACUUCUGGUAGAGCGUAUAUUCACUGCAGGCCUUAUCUAACUUUGAUGUGUAAAUUCAGAAGCCUCUGUCUUGUCAGGCAAUAGAAAGUGGGUGGUGCUAUGGGCUCUUUCGUUGGUUACAAAAAAAAAUAAAAAAAUUUAAUGGAGGAGCUGCUUGUAUGUAUCAUCACACCAAACUUUUGCCUUAUUGUUUUCUUAUCAGAAAAAAAUUAGCCAUCUCAUCUGCCAAAAUUUGCAGUAAAAUUUGAUCUCUCUCCCUGCUAGCAUAUUCUUGUUACCUAUGUUGGCACCUCUGCAUUUGAACUUCGUUCUUAUAUUUUACCACCAGUCAAAGAUAAUAAUUUAAUGACAAAGCAAAAUGCAGCUUGUCUUCAUUUCUUGGCCUGGACAAUAACUGCAAAAUCAAGUCGUUUGUGUAUUUGAUUGGUUCUACUGUAUGCUGAUUGGCUCGAGAGCUGGCGCACCAACGAAAUGGCUCUGAACGGACUAAACUUGCAGAAGUACCUGCGCACUUCUCUUUUUUUCAAGAGAGCAUUUUAGCCCUCUUUCAGUUUACUUCAUUUUUUUUUCCCAGUACCAUGCAUUGGUCUCAAUGUGCCUGUCAUCACAUUGCCUGACCUUCAAAGGUACUUUUUGUGUAUAAUGAUGUACAUUUGACAUAUUUAUAAAAAGAUGCCGGAUGUAAAUAUUGUUUUGGUUUUUUUUGUCGCUUUUAUUAAACGGUUUGUCCUUUUAUUUUUUUUCUCUUCAAUUUUUCCAUUGUUUUUACAUAAUGAAGUGACUUCAUGAGUGUGUGCUCGGAUGCUUGGCUGACUAUUGACAUAAUAAACACUCGAAUAAAAUGAUUUAUACCAUAGCA